AUGCAUAUCACACAUAUUUCACUCAAAGCUUUGGCAUCCGUUGCUGUCUUUGCAAGACAUGCUGCCGCCUCGGCAAAUUUAUCGAACUCAUCGACCGAGAGGCUUAGUCCCAUCGUUGUAGACUCGAUACCAGCGCCCGAUACACAACCAGAAUUCAAAUUCGAUUUCAACGUGAUCUUCGAAGGCGGAAAAUGCUCUGCCAGCCAGCAGGCGGCAAUCCUGCUCACGAUGAAAAACAUCGCAGGAUUUUCCAAACGAGCCCGGCUCUGGAAGGAGGACGAAUUUCACGAUUGGAGUGGCGAAGUGACUCACUGGUUCGGAGAAAGUGCACAUACCCAAGCUGCGUGGAUCAGAAAUAACUUCCUCAGAGUGAGUACGGCGAUCAACUUGAGGAAAAUCGAAUAUACCAACACCUGGCUGUGGGUUGGGUGCGACUAUGGGUGGACCAUCCCCAACCUUGCGUGCAAUCCAUACAACCAUGCCUUCAACUUCCUCAACAAGGUGGCCUGGUUCAAUCGCUAUGACAGGAUCUUCUGGAAUAUCUGUCCGGGCUUCUGGUCUCUGCCUACCGCUCCCGACAAAAUUCAGAGCACAAUCGACGAUCCAAGAAAAAACAUACACUACAUGGAGAACUACUUGAAUACGCGUGAGCAGUGGCUCUUUUCGGGUAUCAUCUCGAUCCGUUCCAUAGGCAUCAAAGAGAGUAACGUUGGCGUUCAUCAGACCUAUCACAACUUCUGGCGGGUUGUUUAG